CUCUCCCUCUCUCUCUCUCUCUCUUUCUCUCUCUCUCUCUCUCUCUUUCUCUCUAUCUCUUUAACACACACUCACACACACACAGCCAGGGAGAAGCAGAAUAGCAAUGAGACAGGAGAAGAGCAGGGAAGGCUGCUGAAGUAUUGAGCGCAGAAUUCUCCCGCAUCCAAAGAGUGGAAUACCAGGACACCAGCAUGACAAUGAAGAUGACCAAUGGAUACUUAGUUUUGGUGCAUCCCAUUGCUUAGCUUGAUCGAUUUCUGACGCUGAAGAAAAUACUCCACUGUUGAAAGCCACACCUGACGUCAAAGCGCCGACACACAAUGUCCGAGCAUGAAGAUCUGUCCAAAACCGUGGGCCACUGGAACUCCUCAGAGAGCUACCAGCUGAACCCGGCCAGCGUGAUCGUGUCCGUGGUGUUCUCGCUCAUUUUCCUGCUGGGCACGGUGGGCAACAGCCUGGUGCUGGCCGUGCUCCUGCGCAGCGGCCAGGUGGGUUACAACACCACCAACCUGUUCAUCCUCAACCUCAGCGUGGCCGACUUCUUCUUCAUCAUCUUCUGCGUGCCUUUCCAAGCCACCAUCUACUCGCUGGAAGGCUGGGUGUUCGGCUCCUUCAUGUGCAAGGUGGUGCACUUCUUCAUCAACCUCACCAUGUACGCCAGCAGCUUCACGCUCGCCGCCGUCUCUGUGGACCGGUAUUUGGCCAUCCGGUAUCCCCUGCGAUCCAGAGAGUUACGAACACCCUGCAACGCUGUCGUCGCCAUGGUCAUCAUUUGGGGUCUUUCUCUCAUUUUCGCCGGCCCCUACUUGAGCUACUACGACCUCAUCGACUUCGAGAACAGCAACGUAUGUGUUCCCGGUUGGGAGGAGCACAACCGCAAGGUGUUGGACACCUGCACCUUUGUGUUCGGCUACGUCAUCCCCGUGCUCAUCGUCAGCCUGUCCUACACUCGCACCAUCAAGUACCUGUGGACGGCCGUGGACCCGCUGGACGUCAUGUCCGAGUCCAAGCGCGCCAAACGCAAAGUCACCAAGAUGAUCAUCAUCGUCACUGUGCUCUUCUGCAUCUGCUGGCUGCCCUACCAUGUGGUCAUCCUCUGCUACCUCUAUGGAGACUUCCCCUUCAACCAGACCACCUACGCGUUCCGCCUGCUGUCGCACUGCAUGGCUUACGCCAACUCCUGCCUCAACCCCAUCGUCUACGCCCUGGUCUCCAAGCACUUCCGCAAGGGAUUCAAGAAGGUCUUCAGCUGCAUCCUCAGCAAAAAAGGCCGCAACAAGGUGCACGUGGUACACGUGGCCAACACCGUACCCGGCUUUGAGGGCGGUUCCACCGAAGUAUCCCACAUGAACGAGGAGAACGGCAGGCAAAACGAGCGAGAGAUGGUCAACCGCCCACACGCCGAACCACAGGACCCUACAAUGGACAUAACGUUACCCUUCCAGAACCAGCCAUAAGCAUGCAGAGGACAGCUGAUGGUGCUAAACAGAAAGCCUUACUGAACU